AAAGCUUGGACCAGCUAGCAUUCCAAGGACAGCACAUCAGCAGUUCAGCACCAGACAAGGAACUCCAAGCUCCACCGACAGCGCUCAAACCCGAUCGAGCUACCCAGCGAGAUCCAUGGCGCGGCUCCUGCCAUCCGUGGUAGCCUCCGUGGCCAUCACGGCGGCGGCCGUCCUGGUGGCAGGCCUGCCAGCCGCGUUGGCUGCAUCACCGGCGGCGGAUGAUGCGCCGCCGUACAGGAACCACACCGUGGGCGGCACCGACGGGUGGUUCUUCAACGUCAAAACCAACGCCACGUCCGGCAACUACUCCGACUGGGCCGCCGGCGAGACCUUCUACCUUGGCGACUACCUCAUUUUCAAGACGAACGACAACUCGUCGGUGGUGCAGACCACCAACGCCACCACGUACGACCUCUGCGACGCCAGCGAAGACCUGGAGCAGACGACGUCCAUCUAUGGCGGCGGCGGAGGAGGGGGUGGCGGCCUCGAGCAGAACAACACCAUAGCGGUCGCUCUCACCUUCGAGGGAACCAACUACUUCUUCUCCGAGGCCGACGGAGGAGCGCAGUGCCAACAGGGGAUGCGGUUCGAGAUCAAGGUCGAGCACGGCCAGGGCCUGCCGCCCUCUCUUGAGCACCCGCCACCGGCACCCAAAGGUCGCGUCCUCGCGCCGCCGCCGGCGGGGACGGCAUUUUCGGGCACCGGUGGGGUUGAGCCUGGCGAUGGCGCCGGCGAUAAUGGCGGCGCAGGCAGGAACGGUGCGUUUAGAGCGGCGCCGGCCAGCCUUCAGUUCUUGGGGUCGGCUCUUGUUGUGUCUCUAGCGGUUUUGACUGCUGCUUGAGUUGAGUAGCGAUAUAUAAUUUGGAUUUUGUUGGAGCAAUAAAUUCAUUAUUUGAAGUGGCUCUGCUGUUUCGGUGUCUGUAUUUAAAUUAAUCAUUAUGAUUAGGUCUUGUUUGAUACGUAUGUAUUUAUCUUAAUCUACAUAUAUUCAAAUAAUUUGAAAUGGAAUUAAACUAAGUUUUAUUUCAA